AUCAUAUUUUCUCUCCUUUGCAAAGCGCGGCCGCCGCUUCCGCCUCGCUCUGGCAUUUCUCUGUCCCUCUCUAUCGCCAUGGAUUAUGCAGGCAACAGAUCGAUUAUAUCUUCCCCUCCCCGAGUUGGAGACAAGAGCAGCAGCAUUGAAGAUGAUUGUUGUUUGCAAAUCGAUGGUGGUCGGUAUUUGGCAAUUGAUAGUGGUGGAAAUUAUUAUCUUUCCGACCGCCCCACACCAAUUAAAGGCCAAAAAAUUCCAAACGAAAGGUCAGGUGUUCCUGUUUUUCAAGUAGAUCGUGGCGGUGAUUAUUUUGAGCUCGUCACAUUUGGAGUCUUAGCGGGUGAUUUACGCCAUAUCUGGACUGCCGGGGACGAAAUCUUAUUCAAUGAACUAUUUGAUCUUGACUCGGAAGAAGAGAUCCUUGCACGACCAGUGUUUCUUCCCCCGGCUGUUGCCAAAUAUCCUAAAAUGCCUCAAAAGGAAUAUGUGCCUACGGCUUACGACCAAUCUACGACUAAAAAACAUUGUGGUCCGCUUAUGCUUUGCAAAGCGCCGCCGCCGCUUCCGCCUCUCUCUGGCAUUCCUCUGGCCCUCUCUAUCGCUAUGCAUUAUGCAGACAACAGAUCGAUUAUAUCCAGCAUUGAAGAUGAUUAUUGUUUGCAAAUCGAUGGUGGUCGGUAUUUGGCAAUUGAUAGUGGUGGCAAUUAUUAUCUUUCCGACCGCCCCCAACCAAUUAAAGGCGAACAAAUUCCAAGCGAAAGGUUGGGUGCGCGUAUUUUUAAAAUUGAUCGUGGUGGUGAUUAUUUUGAUCUCGUCGGAUUUGGAAUCUUAGGGAGGAGUGAUGAUGCUACCUUUGUUGGCGGAGACAAAAUCCUAUUCAAUGAUAUAUUGAAACAAGUUGGAUCGGCAUUGGAAGAAGAAGCGAGGGGGCCAGAAUUAGUGUGUGUUCCCCCCUUUGUUGUCAAAUAUCCUAAAAAUAAGUCACAUGAUGUGCCUUUUUUUGACCACAUAAUGAACAGAGUCACAUUAAAAACAGUUAGUGUGUUUGUUGACAUACGUAAAGCUGCUAGGAAGCUUAAGAGGUAAAUUAUCUUGUAAAUAAAUUCCUUUGGUUUUUGAUAGAAAUGAAUUGUAUGCAAAUUGAUUCCUUUAGGCCUUGUUUGGUAGUAGAUAAGAUAACACCUAGAAAGAAUUUACCUCUGCCUUUUAUUCCUUGAGCCUCUUUGCGCAUCUAUGCUUCACAUUGGCUGCCAAAUGUCCAAGUACAUAAAUAUCGAAUGUGGUUCUAAGCUUGAUUCAGUUGGGAAAGUGUGUUCAAUACAUAGGCUGCUCUUAGAAUUAGUUAGCUUUGCUGCCCGGUGAGAAAGGCGAGGUCUCUUGCAGCUUUCAGUUGAAUGCAAACGGGGAGGCUCAUAUUUCUCUUGCAGCGGCAGUGGGUUGAUACAAAUUGUACAUGCCUACCAAAUGAGUUGUUGUAUAAGUAUUCCUCCUUAAUAUUGAUUUCUUUUCAAGCUAAUUAAUUCGGGUUUAUCUCCUACCUUUAGCUAUUAAGACCUGCAUAUAUUUAUUUUUAGAUCCACUUGAUAAGAUAGUAAGUUUAUCAAUCAAUAUGCAGAAGCCAUGAAGUUGAGUCACAUAACACGGACUGUUAACCUAGUACUAUGCUAACCGUCGAGGUAUGUUUGUUCCCAAAACUUGUCUCAAAAUCUGUACUAGGUUUAUUAAUCAGUUAUUCUUUUCAUAUUAGGUAUGUAUGUAUAUAUCUUCAGGUUUUGUUCUUUAUGCAAGAGCAUGAUCCUUUAAUGAGUUGCUGAAAAAAAGACUAUCUGGAUGUAUAUUUAGCUGGUCAUUUCUAUAUUAGUAUGCUUAUUUAUGUUGGAUUUUUGAACAAAGUCUUGAGAAUAGAUUCGUGGCAGUGAAUCUUCGGUUAGUGUUUAUGAAUUAUGUCGAAUCUUUGAAAAAAAGAUCAGUUUGAGAAUAUUGUUGGGAUUUUGUGUUUGUUUUAUGGAGUAUUAUAUGUUAGUAA